CCAGCCAAAUUCGAAACGUGUCAAUUGGAUCCUUUCAUGAUAGAUCCAUGCAAGCCAGAACCAAAAGUUGUGAUUAUAGGCGCUGGUAUGGCCGGGUUAUCAGCAGCACAUCGAUUGGCUCAAUGCGGCUUCCGUAAUUUUACGGUUUUAGAGGCAACAGAUAGACCGGGCGGUCGAAUUCACUCCUGCUGGUUGGGCGAUGUGAUAGCGGAAAUGGGUGCUACGUGGAUUGAAGGUGGUUGUGUUGCAAAUCCGAUAUUCACCUUGGCGGCGCAAGAAGGUCUAUUGAAAACGCCACUCAUUAGGCCAGAUCCAAGUCGCGGAUUCUUUUGCACCAGCGACGGCAGAGCCAUCGAUCUUCCAGUCAGCAUCACAGCAUAUCACACGUUUCGACAAAUCGAACAGCAAGCAGCAGCACUCUUCACUCUUGGCUGUGGCCGUAGCCACGGUACGUUGCUGAAUUUUAUGGGCAUCAGAAUUCAGCAGGAGCUGCACAACUUUCCAGAGGAGCAACGAUAUGAUGCCGCAAGGGUGAUGUACGGCAUGACAAAUUGUGUGAAAUGUCGAUGCGGAGAUGAUCUAUCGCUCGUGUCAGCCGAUCAAUUUGGCAGUUACAUUGAGAUUCCCGGCGGCAAUGUCAGAGUACCUUUAGGAUAUGUGGGAGUACUAGCUCCUCUACUUCGAGAUCUACCUAGUAGUUGCGUUAGGUAUUGCAAACCAAUUACCUGCAUUCGAUGGGGUACUGUGGAUGAUGCGUGUCCCCGAGCUGUCGUGAAAUGCUGCGACAAUGAAGAAAUUCCCGCUGAUUAUGUUAUCGUGACCGUUUCGCUUGGUGUCCUAAAGCAUCAGCAUGCGAAAUUGUUUUGUCCCGAAUUACCUGCUGAAAAAGUCGAGGCGAUUAACAAGCUGGGCUAUGGAUAUGUUAACAAAAUCUUCCUCGAAUACACAAAGCCUUUUUGGGUUUGGCGAGAGGGCGGUAUAAAGUUAGCUUGGUCUGCUGAAGAACUGGCGGAUAGAUGUGAUUGGGUGAAAGGUGUGGCAAAUGUAGAAGAAUUAUCUAAUUCACAACAUGUACUCUGUGCUUGGAUAUGUGGACGCGAAGCGAUGGAUAUGGAAUUAUGUUCCGAUGAGGAAGUGGUGGAGUCACUGACAGCAAUUCUUCGUCAGUUCACUGGUGAUCCCACAUUACCUUAUCCAGCUAGCAUUCUCAGGAGCAAGUGGUGCAUGGAUCAAUAUUUUGCUGGAGCUUACAGUUACAUGGCGGUAGACAGUACUGUUGGUCACCAAUGUGAUCUGGCUAAUCCAUUACCAGGUAAGUGUGAAGCGAUACCUCCGAUUCUCUUAUUCGCGGGCGAAGCUACCAUACCAGGCCAUUAUAGCACCGUGCAUGGUGCAAGACUCAGCGGUAUUCGUGAGGCGGAAAGAAUCAUUCAGCUAACAAAACGAUAUGGUGGACUCCCGAAAAAAGUACUUACUAAAUCAUAAUUCGUUCGCGUUCAAGUAACAAUUCAUUACA